GAAUCAUAACCAGAUUUACCUGCCCGGUGGCUUCAGAGCAGCCACGGUCUGUUUUUGCCACCAGGUUACCCCAGCGUGCGGCCCCGCGCCUGCUACAAGCGGGUCUCACCAGCCCCGCUGGCGGGACGGCGGGACGCGGUGCGGGACUUAAGGUUUGGGGUUGAGGGAGGGCGUCUGCAGACCGCGCAGAGCGCUCCGCAGAGGCCGCGGGCGGGGGCUGCGUGUGCGGUGCCCGGGGGCGGGUGGCGGCCUGCACUGGGGGCACCUCAGGGGACUUGAAGCGCCACAGAGUCGGCGCGCUCGCAACUGGCGGCGGCUGAGCUCUCAGCUUCCGAGGAGGAGGCGCCCGGAUCUCCGCGAAGGGAGCAAGGCCACGCGGCCUACGUGGCGAAGCCGGAACACGCGAUCUGCUUGGCCCAGAGCCUCCCGCGGUGCACGACGGCCAGACUAUUUUGCCAACCAUGGCAUCUGGAGAUGACAGUCCUAUCUUUGAAGAUGAUGAAAGCCCUCCUUAUAGCCUGGAAAAAAUGACAGAUCUUGUAGCCAUUUGGGAUGUUGCGUUAAGUGACGGAGUCCAUAAGAUUGAAUUUGAACAUGGGACCACAUCAGGCAAACGAGUGGUAUAUGUAGAUGGGAAGGAAGAGAUAAGAAAAGAAUGGAUGUUCAAACUAGUGGGCAAAGAAACCUUCUGCGUUGGAGCUGCAAAGACAAAAGCAACCAUUAAUAUAGAUGCCGUCAGUGGAUUUGCAUAUGAAUAUACUCUGGAAAUUAAUGGGAAAAGUCUCAAGAAGUAUAUGGAGAACAGGUCAAAAACCACCAACACGUGGGUAUUACACUUGGAUGGUGAGGACUUUAGAGUUGUGUUGGAAAAAGACACUAUGGAUGUAUGGUGCAAUGGUAAAAGAAUGGAGACAGCAGGUGAGUUUGUAGACGACGGGACUGAAACUCACUUCAAUGUUGGAAACCAUGACUGUUACAUAAAGGCAGUCAGUAGUGGGAAACGGAAAGAAGGGAUUAUCCAUAGUCUCAUUGUGGAUAAUAGAGAAAUUCCAGAGAUUCUUGAAUGACUUCAUGAUCGUGAACUUUAAUCUUAAGAAGUAAAGAUCAAGACUUUUAAAUUACUGUGGUAAUUAAAUAUGUUUAAUAUGUACUUUUCAGUACACUUAGCCUGCAGAUGUUUAUUUUUUAGUUACUUGAAACUGUAGUAUUCCAAGGGUCAAAAAAAAUUAUGUACAAUCAUAAGCAUUGCAAUUUAUUUUAUAAAUAAUGUAAAAUGUUUUAAAGCCAAAUGGAAAAUAAGAUAUGGACCAAAAUCACUCAUGUUUUACAAGAGGAACUUUUACUAUAAUAAACACUACAAAAUAAAAUUCGUGCUGCUUGAUUUGUGAAGAAUGGAUAUCUUCAUUUAAAAAUUUUUUUUAUUUUUAGAGAGAGAACACACAUGAACCAGGGGAG